GCCGGCCAAGGCCAUCUAUAGAGGUGCCGGCGUCGCGAGUCGUAAAAAUAUUUUUAUUUGCGAUACAUUCUUAAAGUUCAAGUGAAUUUCAAGUGAAGGGAAAGAGGAGGUGACGGGUGACAAACCAUGUCACAGUAUGGGGGCAAUAAGAGCGCUCCGCCACCCUGGGCCCAGACGCCGGGGAUGCUGCAACGGCCCGCGUACUCAGAGUCGGGCAGUACAUCAAUCCGUGCCUCUCCAAUCGCCUAUCAGACUCCGCAGCCCCUGGGUCAGCAGGCGCUCCUGCAGCAGCCCGGUCUCACUCCGGCCAUGUUGAUGCAGCAGCAGAUCCAACAGCCCGCACAGGUCCCCUACGGGCUGCAGUUCCAGGCGGCCCAGCAGCAGGCGCUGCUCUCUCAGGCUGGGUCUGCCCUCGGUGCUCCCGGGAUCGCUCUACCUACCACUCUGGCCUCUUCUCAGCCGGUGAUGACAGUGGGCUCAGGCGGCGUGGCCUACCCCACCGGCAGGAAUCUGGGACCGACCGCCGGAGGGGCCUACCCCGGUCAGCAGCUGCUGCAGCAACAACAGCAGCAGCAGCAGCAGCAGCAGCAGCAACAGCAGCCGAAGCAGCGAGUCUUCACCGGAACAAUCACCAAGCUGCAUGACAACUUCGGCUUUGUGGAUGAAGAUGUCUUCUUCCAGACCAACUGCAUUCGAGGCACUCUACCCAAAGUCGGAGAGCGCGUCCUGGUAGAAGCCCAAUACAACGCCAGCAUGCCGUUCAAGUGGAACGCCACUCGCAUCCAACUUCUACCGAACCAGUCUACCUCUUCUGGUGGAGGCGGUGGAAGCGGUAGCGGUGGAGGAGGGUUGGGACAUUCGGUUUCUAGUGGAGGAGGCAGCGGAAGAAGUCAGGCGCUGUUAACAAGAGGACCUCCUGGAGUCAUGGCCAAUAAGUCUACCGGCAGUGGAGCGUACAGCUCUGUGCCGCCACCGAGCGACCAGAUGCCCCAGUCUGGUUCCUCGAGUGUGUUUGGAGGUGCAAACCGUCUGCCUCACAGCGGCAGGCCGAGGUCCCCCAUCAGAAGGGUUCGAGCCGCCAGUAGAGAGAAGGAGAGGAGGCGGAGCCGUGAGAGGGACGGCUCGAGCGCCCGCCGCCGCAGCCGCUCCCGGUCCCCGCGCCGCCGGGGACGCACCGUGCCGCGCUACUCCGUACACGUGCCGAAAGUUACGCUGGAUCUGACUGAUGCCACGGUGCUGACGCUGAAGAAACGCUACAGCAACCUGUACGUGCCGUCAGACUUCUUUUCGUCUCACUUCCUCUGUGACACCGCCUUUCCGCUGCAUCGGCCCUUCCAGCUGGCCACGCCGGUGUCGUACCACGUGAUGAGCAAGGACGUGGAUCCGGUGGCUGAGAACGAUGCCGUCUAUGAGCCACCCGAUGUCGACUACCGCUUCUGCGCCAAGGUGAUGCUUCUCACCACACCCUCCUGGGAGGAGCUGUACCGUCGCACCACCAGCCUGGCUGAGCUGGGGGACGAUGUUGAUGAUCCCGUCCACCCGUCUCGACUGAUCAGCUUCCUGGUCGGACUGCGCGGUAAAAACGAGACAAUGGCCAUCGGCGGCCCGUGGUCACCCAGUAAGGACGGUGCAGACCCGGAGGGGGAUCCACAGGUGCUCAUCAGAACGGCCACUCGCACCUGCCGCGCACUGACCGGGGUCGAUCUGUCCCAGUGUACUAAAUGGUACCGGUUGGCGGAAAUCUUCUACCGCCGUGGCGACAAGGCGACCGAAACGGUCGUGCUUUUCCUUCCCGAUACGUCGGCGCUGCUGCCAUCUCUCGUCGCGUGGGAAAAACAGCAGGCCACCUACCGGCAGGCUCUGCAAGCUAAACUUAACCCCGCCGCCGCCGCAGCUGCUGCCGCCGGACAGGACGAGAAGGAGGAGGAGGACGAUGGUGAGGUGCCGGUGAAACAGGAGCCGACCAACUGGUCCGAGCUGGAUCCCAAGAACAUGAAGGUGGCUGAGCUGAAACAGGAACUGGAGCUGCGCGCUAUGAGUCCCAAAGGUCUCAAAUCGCAGCUGAUCGCCCGUCUGACCAAAGUCCUCAAGACCGAGGAGGAAAAGGAGACGGAGGAUAAGACCUCUGGCUCCACCACAGGAGGAGGAGCAGGCUCGGCGGCUCCCAGAGCGGUGUCUCCUGUUCCCAUCGCCGCCACCGCGGUGGUGGACGGAGGAACGGAUGAAGAGGAUGUGAAGAGGAAGGAUGAUGCGGAGAGGAGGGUGCUGGAGAAGAAGUACCACCUGCCCGACACCCCUCAGGUGAUUGUCCAUCCUCACCGCACGGCCAAGUCGGGCAAGUUUGACUGUACAGUCAUGUCGCUGUCUGUUCUGCUCGACUAUCGACCCGAGGACAAUAAGGAGCACUCGUUCGAGGUGUCUCUGUUCGCUGAAGUGUUCAAUGAAAUGCUGAUGAGGGACGCCGGGUUCGCCAUCUAUCGAGCCCUGAUGGAAACGCCGGAGAAGGGAAAAGAUGAGAAAAAGAGCAAGGACAAGAAGGAAGACGAGAAGAAGGAAGGUGACGAGGACAAGAAGAAGGACGAGAAGGAGUCGAAGAAGGAAGAGCCCGAAGAGAAGAAGGAAGAGGACGAAGAGGACUCGGGAGAAAAGAGCAUGUACACGGCCGACCGUCGCCUCCUGAUGGCGUUCUCCUAUUUCGACACGUCUCACUGUGGCUACAUUGUAGACCGAGAUCUGGAGGAUAUACUGCAUACGAUCGGGCUGGGCAUCAGCCGCGCUCAGGGUCGUCGUCUGGUCGCCAAGGUAGCCGAACGCGACUCUGUUCACUACCGCCGUCUCACCGACCGCCCCGUCCCCGAGGGCGGUCUGCCCUCCGAGCGUCCUGACGAACAGCCGAGCGAAGAACAGCUGCUGCCCCUGGCGGGAGGAAACUGGCAGCAUCUGCCGACAUUUGCUAAGGAUAGAAGGAUCGGAGAGGGAGGUGGUGGUAACGUGAAGAAGGAAGAAGAGGAGGGAGAGGAUGGAGAGGAAGGAAAGGAGAAGAAAGAAGGAGGCGAGGGACCGGUGAUGGUGUUGUUCGAGGGCAGUAUGGUGGAUCUCUCGUCACUGAUGUCACGGGUCCGCCGCUCCGACUCUACACUACAGCUGACCGAGAAACGCAUGUCACAGCUGCAGGAGGAGGUCCGCUCGGCCCACGAGCGGACGACCAGUCUGCGCUCGGAGGUGAAGACGCUGGAUCAGCAGCUGCAGCUGGCCCGCGCCUCGGCCGCCAGUCUGGAGACCCAACUGACCACCAGUCAGGAGACUGUUGGUAAAUACGGCACUGCUCUGGACGCCGUGUACGCGGCGGUGGCGCCUCUGGUGGCAGAAGCUGAAAGUAGAAGUGCUGAACAGCUCCGCGAGGUGGAGACAGCGGCCGAUCAGGAGCAAGAAGUGAAGGAGGAGACGUGUGAAGUUAUGGACACUGAACAAGACGGCACUGAGGCAAAGGAAGAGGAGAACGAAGAGAAGCCCGCAAAGGAAGAGAAGAGUGCCAAGGAGGAGAAAUCCGCCAAGGAGGAGACACCUACAAAGGAUGAGAAAUCCGCCAAGGAGGAGAAAAUCACCAAGGAGUCUCGAGGAGCCAAGGCUGCUGAGGGAAAGAGCGACAAAAAUGCCAAGGGUGAUGCAGAUGACAAGACGAAGGAGGCAGCGCCGGAGCCGAAAGUCGCCAAAGAAACGCCGUCCAAAACGCCGAAACGAACCCGCUCGUCGGCAGCCAGUGACGCUGCGGCCAAAAAAGCCAAGGUGGAGAACGGAUCCUCCGCCUAAAACCUUGGCUCUAUCGAUAAGGUGGAUGGAUUUUCUGCCCAGGAGAGCGAAUCAACCGCCCAACACCUCAUAUUUUUCGGUAUGUGGACAGAUAAACAUCUAAAACACCGUCACCAUGUCUCGGCCAGACCAUAAGAUGGUGUUUUUUUUUUUCAUUUAACACUGAGUCUGGAAUCCUCGCAUACAUUGCGUAGGUCCAAUUGCGAAAAGAAUGCAUUGUGUGAGCUAGCGUGAAAGCCCUGCGUUUGCAGCGUGCGUGCGGCGCGUGUGGGUUUGCAUACGACGUGCGUUCUAUGUCUUUAUGCGUGCGUGUGUGCGUUUGAAUUUUAGUUUUUGUGUAUCGCUAGGGUUAAGUCCUGCCGUCAAACUGAGGGUCAAAACAUGAAGCCUAAAGCCUGGAUGCCCUGUACCCAAGAGGCCGACAUAACAAAACCAGUGAAACCUGUUUGGAUUUGGCUGUCAAAGUUUAGAGGACCGACGCGGUUCGUUAGCCUUUGUAAGCUUCGUUCUGAAAGUUUGUCUCUAGAAGGCUUUGUCAUGUCUUUUUGCCUUUGAAAGUCUGGGCCGUACUUCAUUGUAUCAUCGGAUGUCACACACUGUAAGUGACGUCACAUGAAGGACGUCAUACCGUGGUCAUGUAACAGUGGGAAGGGCGUCGUUCAUCACAAGUAACGUCGCGUCGGUGGUUGUGACGUCACACAGCGUCAUUUACGUCAUACUUGCGGGGAUAUAUCACGAAUCGACAGUGGCGAUGUCAUAUGGUAACAAUGACGUCAUGUAGCUGCGAUGACGUCAAAUAUGAACAAUGACGCCACGUCAUAGUGUCCAUUCGGCCCGACCCCCUGGGCCGUACGCAGGCAGACCUCUGUAAUUGUAUUCACCACUGCAGUUGAGCGGCGCGAUUUUUGGAUUACCGACAUGUACUUGGGAUGAAUAAAGAAAUAAGUUUUAA